AUGGCAUUCUUUUUAUGGCUUCGGUUGUCUGGUCUGUGCUGGUGCUUUUUUCUUUCGGUAGACGGUCAGGAGAUAGCCACUCUCACUGUAAAGUACCAAGUUUCGGAAGAAGUGCCACACGGAACGGUGAUAGGAAGACUGUCUAGAGAGCUGGGCUGGGAGGAGGGAAGCAGACAAGAAGGGGCUUUCCAGAUUUUGCAGCCACUUCAGGUGCUCCCUAUUCAGGUUGGCUCUAAAGAUGGUUUGCUCAGCACAGAGAGGAGACUGGACAGAGAGCAGCUCUGCAGACAGAAAGACCCUUGCCUGAUAGCUUUCGAUGUGCUGGCCACAGAGGGCCUAGCUUUGAUUCACGUGGAGAUCCGGGUGCUGGACAUCAAUGAUCACUACCCCCGCUUCCCCAAAGCAGAGCAGGAGCUGGAGAUCUCCGAAAGCGCCUCUCUGCGCACCAGAAUUCCCUUGGACCGAGCCUGGGAUCUUGACACGGGCCCCAAUACCCUGCACUCGUACUCGCUCUCUCCCAGUGAGCACUUUGCUCUGGAGGUGAUCGUGGGGCCUGAUGAAAGCAAACACGCGGAGCUCGUGGUGGUGAAGGAGCUGGACCGGGAGCUGCAUGCAGCCUUCAACCUGGUACUGACGGCCUUUGACAACGGGGAUCCCCCCAAGUCGGGCACCAGCCUAGUCAAGGUCAGUGUCCUGGAUUCCAAUGACAACAGCCCCGUGUUUGCAGAGAGCUCGUUGGCUUUAGAAGUUGGGGAAGAUACCGUCCCUGGGACCCUUCUCCUAAACCUCACAGCGACUGACCCCGACGAGGGCCCCAACGGGGAGGUGGAGUUCUCCCUCGGGAAGCACGUGCCGCAGGAUGUGCAGAACACCUUUAGUAUCCAUGCCAAAACAGGCCAGAUCACUCUGAAUCAGCCCUUGGACUAUGAGAAAACCCCCACCUACGAGAUCGAUGUACAAGCCAGGGACUUGGGGCCCAACCCCAUCCCGGCUCACUGCAAAGUCCUCAUCAAGAUUCUAGAUGUCAACGACAACUCCCCGAGCAUCCAUAUUACAUGGGCCUCUCAGCCAGCGGUGGUAUCCGAAGCUCUUCCCAAGGACAGCUUCAUUGCCCUCGUGAUAGCGAAUGACCUGGAUUCUGGGGACAACGGCCUGGUUCACUGCUCCCUCGAGCAAGGACGGGGACAUUUUCAACUAAAAAGAACCAAUGGUAAUACUUACAUGCUCCUGACCAAUGCCGUCCUAGACAGGGAGAGGUGGCCUCACUAUAACUUGACACUGUUAGCCCAAGACCAGGGGGAGCAGCCCUUAUCGGCCAAGAAACAGAUCACCAUUCAGAUCCGUGACGUCAACGACAAUGCACCCGUGUUUGAGGCAAGCCAGUACAAUAUCUCCAUUUGGGAGAAUAAUCUACCUUCUUCCCAUCUUAUCACUGUGAAGGCUCACGAUGCUGACCUGGAUCUCAAUGGAAAAGUCACUUACCGCCUCCAGGAAUCUCUUUUUUCCCAUCUGGUAGCUAUUGACUCUGACACCGGGGACAUCUCAGCAUCUACUACCCUGGACUAUGAACAAAUGACGGACUUUCAGCUUCUGGUAAUAGCAGAAGAUGGAGGUGAGCCUCGGCUUAUUUCUAGAGCCUCCGUGAAGGUGAGCCUCCUUGACAUCAAUGACAACACUCCCAUAGUGGUGCAGCCUGUCCUUAGUGGUGGGGCAGCCUCUGUUUCUGUGUUUGUGAACUCUUCCACGGGUCACCUAAUGGUCUCUUCUGAGACCCCUGACACCUACAGAGCAACUGGCUCUGGCACAUCUUCCUUGGUGGCCUCAAGGUCCCAGCUAUUUCUCUUAGUGACCAUUGUGGCCAUUGAUGCAGAUUCUGGGGACAAUGGAAAUCUUCUUUAUGUACUUCAGAGUGGCAAUGAGGCUAACCUCUUCUUCCUUGACCCUCACGUGGGCCAGCUGUACAUCAAUGCCACAAAUGCCAGCAGCCUCAUUGGCACUGAAUGGGAACUGAUAAUUAUUGUCAGGGAUCAUGGAAGUCCCCCCUUGGAGACCAGAGCUAUGGUGAAAGUCACUUUCACCAACAGCCUUGAUCAUCUGAAGAACCUGGCUCAGGAAUCUAGCCCCUUGAGCACCUCAGUAGUGACGGUGAUUUGCUUGGCUGUAUUGUUGGCCAUCUUCUUGUUGAUUCUUGUUCUGAUUGUGUCUAUCUGCAGAACUGACCGUAAAGAUAACAGAGCCUAUAACUGCAGGGAAGCAGAGUCAACCUACCGACACCAACCCAAGAGGCCCCAGAAACAAAUCCAGAAAACCGACAUUCAUCUAGUGCCGGUGCUCAGAGGCCAAGUGGAGGAGCUAAGUGAAGCUGAGCUACCCCAUAAGGAAGCAGGAAAGGAAAAGGUUCCAGAAACAGACUGGGACUCUCCAUUGCAGGCUCCAUAUCUAACCCCAACAUUGUAUAGGACACUUCGGAACCAAGGGAACCAGGGAACUUCUCCUGAGGACAGAGAGGUGUUACAGGACACCUACAAUCUCCUUUUCCACCAUCCCAGGCAGAGAAAUGCCUCUCGAGAAAAUCUGAGCCUUCCAGAUCCCCAACCAACAUGCCAGCCUCACCUCAAGGCCUCAAAAAAUAUGGGAAGUCCCCAGAUGAGGCCACCCCAAGAGCAGAGGAGUGAUCCAGCAGUACUAGACCUUCCGGCCUCUACCACGACUCUUAGGAGGCAGCGAAAUCUGAAUGGCAAAGAGGGCCCAAACAAAGAGCACAACCCCCAUCAGAUCCUGCGCAGUCUGGUCCGACUGUCUGUGGCUGCCUUCACAGAACGCAACCCCAUGGAGGAACUCACCAUUGACUCUCCUCCAGUUCAGCAAAUCUCCCAGCUGCUGUCCUUGCUGCACCAGGGCCAAUUUCAACCCAAACCAAACCACAGAGGAAACAAAUACUCAGCCAAGACCGGUAGUGUCAGAAAUGCAGGAUUGGAGACAGACUGGCAAAGUGCCAGGGAGGGUGACCAUGGGGAACAUGAAGCUGAGGAUGGGAAUUCGGACAAUGGGCUGGACGUCUCAGUGAAACAGCUCUUGGAAGAAGAAUUAGAGAGCUUGUUUGAUCCUCAAACAGGUCUGGCCCUGGAUCGGCUGAAUGUCCCAGAUCCAGCUUGGAUGGCGAGGCUGUCCCUGCCUCUUAACACCAACUACAGAGACAAUGUCUUUUCCCCUGACUCCCCAGCCUCUAACCAGGGUGGAGGAGUCACCGCCAUGGAGGAACCAAGAACCUUCCAGACAUUUGGUAAAUCCGCUGGUUCCGAGAUGAACUCGAUGGGGACCCAGCUGGCCAGCACCUUCCUCUCAGAGAUGAGCUCCCUGUUUGAGAUGCUGCUAUCCCAGAACAGCAACGCCCCGGUGGCUGCCUCCGAAGUGCUGCAGCGCCUCUCGGCCUGCGGCAAGACCCUGGGGUUGGACCUUGCUGGGAGUGGGGCCCUGGGCUUGGAAGCCAAAGGUACAAGCGGAAAGAAAGGACCCAAGAGCAGGACUGACAGCAGCAAUAGCAGCAGGGGCCUGUGAAGACGGUCUUUCUGUCUUAGGAGAAACCUAAGCCGCCCACCCCAGAGAUUGAGGAGCCCUGGAGAGUUGCCUGUUGUGUACACACCUUAAAGCCUGUCCAGUUUGGUGCUGGGGGAUGAGUCAGAGACCUAUGUCCCAUGGGUAGGGCCUGACAUCUCUGAUCUCACCAUGAGGAAACCUAACCUGAGGUAGACAGAAAACUCCUGGCUGAUUCUACAUCCAAAAAUUGUUCCAAAGGAAGGUACCUCGCUCAUCCCCAAGAUGGCCAGCCUUGGCAAGCAGACCAAAGCAGACUUCUUUAAAUGACUCAACCUACUGAAGGACUUGGCUAAAGAAUGGGUGUUAGACCAAAGCAGAGACUGGGUGUUUGUUAGUAAAAUACACACAAAUGGUGAAGAAACAUUUCCUAGGGGACAACUAGGCAGCUCAGUGGACUGAGAGCUAAACCUAGAAAUGGGAGGUCCUAAGUUCAAAUCUGACCUCAGAGUCUUC